AUGGCCAAAUCGCAUCUCGAUCUGGUGAACUUGGCUUUACUUGGUGGUCAAAUUCUGCUCUUCGCUCUGCUUCCGCGCGUCUUUAGCCGAGCCCUGUUUUUGGUGUACUUCGCAUUCUGGAGACUCGCUUAUGACGUCGGCUUGGGCUGGGUUCUUACCAAACAAAGCAAGCGCCGCUGGAUCGUCAAGCAGGUUCAAGUACGAGGCUGGUUGGAUAAUGAACGACGGCCCAAGGUUUACGAGUGGAUUCGCAAUGAACUUCGCAACAAGAUGGGCACAGACUAUUCAUUUGCUGAGUUGCCGGUCGAGUACAACACCUGGCUUCUCUUCCGUCAAGUGGUUGAUAUCAUACUCAUCAAUGACUUCCUCUCAUACUGCAUGUUUGCAUUUACCGUGUUCCGUGUGCCUGAAGACCUUAGCCUGAGUUCCCAUGCGCUCCGUUGGCUCGUAGGAUUUGCCUUGAUACUUUUCAAUCUCUGGGUCAAAACGGAAGCUCAUCAUAUUGUAAAGGACUAUGGGUGGUAUUGGGGAGACGUCUUUUUUGAGCGCGGUAGACUUGUCCCAUCGCCGUUACCUGAUUCUAGCGGUACAGUGUUCGACACUUCCCUCGUCUUUGACGGAGUCUUUGAAAUGGCCCCCCAUCCGAUGUAUUCUGUCGGAUACGCCGGAUAUUAUGGACUCAGCUUGAUAGCUGGAAGCUACGCUCUAUUCUUUGUCAGUUUGUGGGCUCAUGCGAUGCAAUUUGGCUUCUUAGUGUGGUUCGAAAAUCCUCAUAUCGAGCGCGCAUAUGGUCAAAAGCAAUUGAUCGGUGCGAGAACUCCUCUCGUCCCAAGUACUCCGCUCGCCAGUGCCUUGGAAUUACCCAAGCCAGUUCACGCCGAGCUUGACCCCGCCGAUUUAUCCACCCCAGCUCACACUGAUGCUGAGACAGAAACCGAAGCUGAGGUUGAAGCAGACACCGACACUCUGUCUCCGGCGUCUCCUUCACGCUCCGUGACGGUCCAGACUUUGCAUAUCCGAACUGAUAGCGACAGUUUAGUCAGGGUUGACAAUGAUUCCGAAGCGAAGCUUGUCAAGUCACACCGCCCGAGGCACUCGAGAAACAAGUCUACCUCUAAACAUGACCUUUUGGCACGUUACUUCAGGAAGGAUGUAGUGGGGCUCAAGAACAUCGAUUUAUUGAGGGCUUCGGACCUUAAACUGGUCCUUUUGACACUAUACAUAGUUCUUCCUUCUAUCCUUCCAAAUACGACGGCCACCUACCUUCUUCAUGCACUUGCGUGGAGGGUUUUCCAUUCUUUCGUAUUAGGAGGGAUUCUCAGGGCCCAAAGUAAAAGCAAAUGGCUCGUGAGACACUUUGUUGAGCGGUACUACUAUGAACACGGAAGGGAAGAUGGCGCGCUCGAGGAGUCUUUUACAAAUUGGAAACAAAUUUAUACUAUGAGUUUGUACGGGACUUAUUCGUCAUUCGCCCUGCUGGCUUGGAAAACCUAUACACCACCUGUCGAGUGGACCGCAGGUGAUCAACUUCUCAGACAUACUCUUGGAGUCCUCCUACUUGCCUUGCAUCUAUGGGCUGCGUUGCAGACAUUCGAAAUCUUGGGAGUAUUUGGUUGGUUCUUCGGAGAUUUCUUCAUUUCGGAUUACCCUGCUCAGCUCUCUUAUACCGGAAUUUACCGAUUUUUAAAUAAUCCUGAGCGAACAAUGUCCGGUGCCGCCUUAUUUGGUCUCGCUCUUAUAUCGGAAGUCACGCCGUAUUUUCACUUGCGGUGGCUAGUCCCGCAUAUGAAGAAGCUAUAUGGGGAUUCGAUCCGUAAAGAGGCUGGGCUUACCAAAACUCUCAAGAGUGUCGCAAAUAGGAAUGCCAACGUAGCGCGGGUUGCCCAGGAGUUCAGCGGGACGUUCGAAAAGGUAUACGGCGAUGCUGCAGUUGCAAUGGAGGACUUUUUAUCGCGUUCGGCACCAAUCAUAUCCGAGGUUGUCCAAGACACUCGAGUCUUGCUUCAACAGAGCAAGGAGAGAUUGGUUAUUACACGAGUAGCCAACGACUUAUCAUCUUUCGAUGUUAGCAAGUACCGUAUGUCAGUUGUACCGAUCAGCUCCAACGGAGAUUUAGCCUUCCAUAUUGGGGAACCAAUUCGGGUCACAUGGCACGCGCCUACCGAGCACUCGAAACGGGAUUGGAUUGGCAUCUAUCGGGUUGGCGCGAAUAGCUCAAAUCUGGUCACGAAGGUGAACUCGCAAGGAAUGUGGGUGCCAGUACAUGACGAUCAAUGGGAUGGCGACACACCAGUCUCGCACGGCAAGCAAGACUUACCUGAUAGUGGUGAGGUGACAUUCCAAAAGGACCAGCUACCUUGGCAAGUCGGUAAAUAUGAGCUAAGGUAUCACCACGAUGGCAAAUAUAACGUUAUGAGCAUUGCUGGCCCCAUCGAGAUAUAUGUGACCAAGCCCGACGCUAUUGAUUACGAUUCAGUCCGCCAGACGCUGCUCUGCAUUGUUACUCUCUGCCUCGAUUCUGACCCCUCUCUUGUCCCACUCAGCGCCGGAAUUAGUCCUGCUAGUCAAGACCCUGCUUCGAGAAUCACCCAACCCAGUGGUUUCCGAUCUGACCCAGACGACUUCCGUUUCUGGUCGGAACGUCAAGCAAAACGCAUUACAUCUGCUGUCCAUGCUGCUUUCGGAGUGGAGUAUUCACCGGAGGUUAUCGUAGCUGACGCGAACGUGACUGCGCUAUCUAACCGAGUUGUGAAUUCUCUGAAACUUCUAGGCCAGGAUGCGUAG